UUCAUUAUCAACAGAAUACACACAAAAAGUUCAUUUUUACGACUAAAAGAAAGAAAGAAAGCACAACUGCUAACAACAGAAAAAUAAAUAAAAAUAGGAUGGAAAAAUAACGUGGGUAAAAAAAAAAAAGAAUUUAUAGACAUCAAUAAUAGUAUUAAAGAAGUUUUUAAAUUUAAGGUUUUGAAACUGAAGUGUGAAUACGUGUGAAACUGAACUUAAUAAAGUUCUGUAUGUUUUGACUAUCACACUGUGGGGGGGUUAAAACCUUCAGCACCCCCCAUAUAAUUCAUUUCUCACUCCAAACCAAACCCGAAGGUUGGCAGUCCUGCUUUUAUUGAAUCUAAAGGAUGGAAUUGAUUUCCACACACAGUUCUGUUUCAUUGUGGUUCUCUGUGUUUAUUAUCGCGGGCGUGUCGGCGAUAGACGUGUUCACUCCAGCCGAGGCGUUUGUGGAGAACGGGACCACAGCGACUCUGACCUGUAGUUUUAAGUCUAAAGAGGUGGUCAGUAGUUCGGCGUCGGUGAUAUGGUCUUUCCUGCCGGAGGGAGACACGCAGCCCACUUCAAUCUUCUAUCACUCCGGCGGGAAGUCUUUUCCGGGCACGCUCCCGCAGUUUAAGUCCCGUGUGGAAUGGGCCGGAGACAUGAACAAGAAGGACGCGUCGAUCCGUGUGAUCCAGAUGCAGUUCAGGGACAACGGGACGUUCAGCUGCGACGUGAAGAAUCCUCCGGACAUCACCGGGCAGAUGUCCAUCACUAAAGUCAGAGUGGUCAUGAAAGGUGAGCGGAACAUUUUGUCUUUGGGGAAUUGAUUGGAUGGUUGUGGUUUGCUAUUGGUGGAUCUCAUGUGAGUGACAGGUUGCCCCGCCCUCGUCAUCAGAGAAGAGAAGAGAUGCUGCAAGAGGAAGAUAUUCUGAUUCAAGAUUACCAGAACAUGGAUUUAACACAAUAAUGAUGAUUUAUGCAAUGUUUUUUCGGAUCAGUCGCGGCACUGACGGUCUUCCUCUGU